UAAGUAUAAGUUAGUCACUCUCCGAUUUCCUUAGAGGUCACGCAUUAUGAAGUUUGAAAGAACACUAUUGUAGAUAAAUCGUCGUUCGUUAAAAUGGUACUUGCGUUUGUAAUCUGGCUGUACACGAUAUUCAAGGCAAUGUUUUUCCGAAUACCAGCGUUUUUUCAUUUGACGAAUCCAAAUCAUGGAGGAAAAAUGUUCCCAAUUCACAUCAACGAGCGAGACACUAAGAAAACAUCGAAUAGCGAUUCUUCAAGAAGAAACUCAACAGAAAACAAUGGAGACUAUGCAAGUACAAAACAUAGUAAUGAGUCAUUUUCGCCCAGAUAUCAAAAUUCCAUGUCACCAAUUCCAAGUCCUCCAGUUUCUCCAAAUGCUAGAAGAGGAUACAAAUCGAAAAGAGAAUCAUAG